AUGCUUCGAACUCGAUUCACACAAACGAAUUUUAAACUGUUAUGUGCAGUUGAAAAUUUUAUUCUUAAUAUAUCUAAUAAGCCACCUGAUGGUUCCAAUGACUGCAUUAAAACAAUUAUGGAUUUUUGUCAUGAUGAUAUUGAUAUUGAAAGAUUAAAAUCUAAAGCAGUUAUGAUUUCAGACUUUUUUAAAGUUGUUAUUAACACAAAUCAAAUUAAAAUAAAACUAAUUACCAAGAUUUCUACAGUUUGUGAAAUUUUAAAUACUUGUGAAAUUGGAAAACAAAUGCUUCAAGAAUUUGAUAAAUUAAUUCGGCUUUAUUUAACUAUUCCAGUAACUACAGCAACUUCUGAGAGAGCGUUUAGUGUAUUAAAUCGAUUGAAAAAUACACUUCGAAGUUCUAUGACUCAAUCACGUCUUAAUCAUUGUUUAUUGGCACACAUUUAUAAAGAAAAACUUGAUAAAAUAGAUCCAAAUCAAAUCAUGUCAACAUUUAUAUCAUCAAAUGAACAGAGGCAGGCAUUUUUUGGGCUGAUUGCUAAAUGGACACAGAACGGUGUCACCAUCGCUGGAGGUCAAGGAGCUGGCAAUGCUCUCAACCAACUCAACAAGCCACAUGGUGUCUAUGUUGAUGAUGAUCAAACUGUCUAUAUUGCUAACACCAACAAUCACCGUAUUGUGGCAUGGAAACCUGGUGCAACAAGUGGUCAAGUGGUAGCUGGUGGAAAUAGACAAGGAAACCGAUCGAAUCAGCUGAAUCAACCAACAAAUGUAAUGAUUGACAGAGAGGCAGACAGCUUUAUCAUCUGUGAUUGUGGAAAUGUACGAGUGAUGUUAUGGCUUCGUCGACGCCAAAGAGGAGGAGAAACGAUCAUCAAGAACAUUGCUUGUUGGGGAUUAACGUUGGACGAUCAUAGAUUUCUCUACGUUUGUGAUUGCGAGAAGCAUGAAGUGAGACGAUACCGAAUCGGAGAAACCGAUGGAAUAGUAGUGGCAGGUGGCAAUGAACUCAAUCAACUCAAGAGUCCUAUGCGUGUCUUUGUCGAUCUAGAUUAUUCUGUGUACGUGUCGAGCGACUUAAAUCAUCGUGUAAUGAAGUGGGUCCAUGGUGCUAAGGAAGGGAUUAUUGUUGCUGGUGGUCGAGAAGCCGGAGCUAAUCCAACACAAUUGUCGGAUUCUAUUGGAUUGUUUGUGGAUCCGCUAAGCACAAUUUAUGUGGCAGAAUUUAAUAAUCAUCGAGUGACGCGUUGGCGCAAUGGAGCGAUAAAGGGAAAUGUCAUUGUUGGCGGAAAUGGACCGGGACAACAGUCUAACCAGUUGAAUCAUCCUCUUGGUUUGACAUUCAAUCAAAAUGGCGAUCUCUAUGUCACCGAUAAAGACAAUUAUCGAGUCCAACUGUUCUCAGUUGAAACGAUUCAUCCAACUGAUGCUGAAAGUAUAAGUAAUAAAACAUCAAACAUCGACAAUAAAAAUGUUGAAACGGAAUUUCAAUGA